UUGGAGAACUAUAAGGUAUUUCCGUCAAUAUAAGCAAAUUCCAAUUUUGGCCAUCUGCUUUCCCUGGACCGAGCAGAACAGAGCAGACUCUGUCCGCAACAAUGGGUACUGCCGGAGCUUCCUACUCCGUUCAGUUGAGCCACCAAUUCCACCGGCGGCCACUUCAUCUUGGCUAUCUACGUCAACCUCCCUUUCUUCUCCCUGUCACUUGUCUUCUCGCUACUUCCUCUAGUCACAAGAUUAUCAAAUUAUAUUUCCGUCGAAGCUCCGGCUCAAGGCGACUGGUAAAUCCUCCCCGCGCCGUGCUUUCAAGUCAGUCUCAAGGAGGGAGCGGCAGCAGUGAAGUUGACCCGGAUCUUCGGUCCGUGCUUGAACUCGCGACUGAUUCCGAACUCUACGAACUUCAAAGAAUUUUAUUUGGUCCAAGUUACUUCAGCCCAUUGUUGAAGUCAGUAGCAAAGAGAGAUGAAAUUGACUACAUUAUGAUUGGAGAAGACCUGGAGGAGAGGGAGGAGUUUUUGUCGAUGCUUGAAUCGAGAUUUUUAUACCUUGCAGCUGAUGCUCGCUCCACAUUGAGGGGUAGGAGACCAUCAUAUAGGGAGGUAUUGCUUGGUGUCAGGGAAAAAUUAAGUAUAAGGUGUUCAGCCAAAUUGUCUACAGAGGACCUGGAGGCAGAGAUUUUUCUUCAUCUGCUGCAGGAGUACUCAAGCUCGAAAGAGAGCUCAGAUGAUUCUGAUGGGCAUGGUAAUCUAGAGUUUGGGCUUAGUAAGUGGAAGGUGCAAGCAGUUGCCGCAAUAAAAGCUGGGGCUGAAGGAGCCCGUUCAGUAAUAUUAAAGGGUGGCGGGGUGCUAACAUUGGGGAGGAUAUACAACGGGACCGUGUUUACUGCUUUUCUAGUUAGCCAGGAGAUUUUCUGGAAAGAUGCUAUUGGAGGCUGCCAACUAUCAGAUAAGGUGGAGAAGUGGCGGCUCUUAACCUGGAGUCCAGAUUGGCCAUGCUGGCGGCAAAAAAAGGGCUUAGCAGGUGCUGCCUCCCGUUACUUUGGCCUAAGGAGCAUGAUGACAUUUCUUGGUCCAAUCAUCAUUUGUAGACAUUGCUCUAUCAUCAAAGAACUCCUCUUUUUCCAUAAAGAGAGCUACUGGAACAACAAUCCUCUUCCUUCAGUUGUAGGAUCCAUAGCAGACAUCUUGCUCCCAUUCAGGUCAAUCCACUAUGCUCGAUGUGUUUAUCUGGACCAGUCUGUGGGGAACACUUCUAGCAGAUGUUGUCAUUCAGAUGCUUGGAACUGAUUAUGCUAGAAUCGUCCGAGCAAUUUAUGCAUUCGCACAGAUCCGAAUCACCCGCACAUACAAAACAUCUGAUGUUCAGUAAAAAAGCUUACUUAGAGGUUGAACUCUAAAGCUUGCGGCACAUGGCACACUGGGAUAUUAAUAGGCUAUUUGGCUUGAAGGUGGUUCUCUACUUGUGCAUAUUAGCUAGUGGAGAGAAUGUUCCCUGCAGUGCUCAGAAGGGCUUGUCCUUCAUUGUACAUACGUUUAGGGUGGAAGAUAAGUCUCUUCACUAGUUUGAGAGAGGCAUAAAGCCUCCUUGAACUUGUAUUUUCGUAAAUAUCUAGAUUACUGACUAAAGAAAAUGCUGUUGUUAGUGGUAAAAAUAUGAAAAAGGAUACCAAAACAGGUUGCUGUAAGAUUCUGUUGUGUAUUGCCAGGGUUUUGUGAGGGUUGAUGUUACAAAAUUUUGUUAUUUAAUUGUUCUGGCCUACGUAGCUUGAGAUAUGAGAGCUUUACAUUUUCAUA